AUGAAUUCUGAUGAAGAAUAUUCACUGGUAUAUGAUGAUGAUGACGAUGACAACGAUUCCUUAGAUUUUUAUGAAGCUCUUCCAGCAACUGAAUUUGCUAUUAAUAUAUCUAAAUCUAGAUCACAUUUAAGUCAAAGCUCGGAAUUUGACAUUGAGGAGGACCCAUUAAGUAAUGAUGAUAUGGCAGAAAGUAUGUUAGAUGUACACGUUUCUGCAUCUGCCAAAAGAGCUUUAACUGAGGGUAGUGUUCCUGAUUUAAAAUAUGAAUGUCUUACUACGGAGGAUAUAUUUCAUAGAAUGUUGAAAAGAGUGGAUCAUUUGCAGCCCAUAUUCUCUAUCCCUCAUGAAGACAUACUUCUUCUGAUGCAAUUAUAUGACUGGAAUGAAGAACGUUUAUUGGAGGAUUGGACAGAAAAGAUGGAUAUCCUUUUGGAGGAAUCUGGUAUCCAUGUUAGCCAUAAUUCUAAUGGUAUUGAAGGAAAUGAUAAGAAUGGUAAUAUUAGGGGAGUUAAAUUUCAAGAGUCUUUUAAUUGUAUAAUUUGUUGUGAAGAGAAAUCUACUGAAACUUUCUCUUUAGAAUGUGGCCAUGAAUAUUGUAUUGAUUGUUAUAGGCAUUAUAUUAAAGACAAGCUUAACAAAGGCAAUGUAAUAACAUGUAUGGACUGUUCUUUAGCAUUGAAAAAUGAUGAUAUCGAUAAAAUAAUGGGACACCAAUCAAGUAAUAAAUUGAUGAGCUCAUCAAUUAAAAGUUUUAUACAAAAGCAUAAUAAUAAUUAUAAAUGGUGUCCAUAUACAGAUUGUAAAUGCAUUAUUCAUCUAAAAGAUACAUCUUCCUUUGCUGAAUAUUUAAGAGUACAUUGUUCGCCGUUUGUUUCUUGCAAGUCAUCUCAUAGAUUCUGUUUUAGUUGUGGAUUUGAGAUACAUUCACCAGCAGAUUGUGAUAUAACUACAACUUGGAUAAAGAAAGCUAAAAAAGAAUCAGAAAAUUUAAACUGGGUUUUAUCUCAUACAAAAGAAUGUCCAAAAUGUUCUGUAAAUAUUGAAAAAAAUGGUGGUUGCAAUCAUAUGGCUUGUUCAAGUUGUAAAUAUGAAUUUUGUUGGAUAUGUAGUGGUGAUUGGAAACCCCAUGGAAGCAAUUUUUACCAGUGUACAAUGUAUAAUAAUGAAGAUUCAAAAAGUAAGACCUCCGUUGAAGAUACCUCAAAGACUUUAAAAAGAUACACUUUCUAUUAUAGAAUGUUUAAUGAGCAUGAAGCAUCUGCUAAAUUGGACUGGCAAUUGGGUCAAACAGUAGAAAAUAAAGUUAAACAUCUUCAAGAAAAGAUUGGAGUGUCUUGGAUCGAAGGGCAAUUCUUAACUGAGAGUUUAAGAGCAUUAAAUGAAGGGCGUACAGCGCUUAAAUGGUCAUUUGCAAUAGCAUUCUAUUCUGAUCCAUCGCAUAAUUUAACUAAGAUAUUUGUUGACAAUCAAAUGUUAUUAUCUAAUUCUGUUGAAGAUUUAUCAGAACUACUUCAAAUAAAAAAUCCAGAAAAAAUAAUGAACAAGAAAACAGAUUUCUACAAUAAAGCAGGGUAUGUUACAAACAGAACAUUGGCUCUAAUACAAUGUGGGAGAGAUUUAUUACGUAAAGGAAUCUGUAAACCAACUAACUAA